CCAGUUGGUAGUAUCAAUCUCUGGAGCUUGCAUAAGAUGGCUAGGAGCCAAUCUUUCCUGCUUUCUAUAGCACAUACUGCCCACCUGAUCAGAGGAGAGUGAAAUUAACUAGCAGACCAUUCUAGCACAAAACAGACACCCCUAGUCUGGAAGAGACAACAUGCUGGAUCAGAUUCACUUGCUGGCUGCUGUGACAGUCCUGGGAGUCCUGGAGCAAGCUUACUUCUCCCUCCAGGUGAUCUAUGCCAGACGGGCGUACGGGAUCUCUCCUCCAAAAGUCUCAGGGCCACCUGAUUUUGAGAGGGUCUUUCGAGCACAGGUGAAUUGCUCUGAGUAUUUCCCCAUUUUCUUGGCUAUUCUCUGGCAGGCUGGCCUAUUCUUCCAUCAAGGUCUGACUGCUGCCUUGGGCCUGCUGUAUCUCUACUCUCGCUACCAGUAUUUUAUGGGGUAUAAGGAGUCCUCCUCGGGAAGGUUAGCCCCAAUGUAUUUCAGUGCUGGAGUUCUCUGGAUUCUUAUCGGACUCGCAGCAGUUGGGAUCUUGCAUUUCUUGCUCUCUCACUAUGUGGGGAUUAAUGUCCUUCUAUUCACUAGCUUGUGAAAGGAGCGUCUCCUUGGACAACACCCUCCUUCUUGGCCCUUCUGUAUGUGUCCCCUUUCAUUAGGUCCACGUAGCCUGUCUCCUGCAGGCAGUGGUGAGCUGGAGCUGGUUCGCACUGGUUCGUGCGGACCAGUUGUUAAAUUUUGAAGCAGUUUUAGAACUGGUUGUUAACCUGCUUCUCUGUGAGGGGUCGCUGUGGCUUUGAUGGGC